AGAUUCCAACAACAGUAACGAAGAGUUUUGUCGAUGUAGGAGUAUUCAGCUGUUAAAUGCUGUUUAUAUAGGGACUUAAUUUGUUAAUGGGCAUUAAGAACACGAUUAUUUCUAAACGUGGAAGAAUCUAGGCAAAUACAUCUUUAGUUGGAUCAGUUCUUUCUUCUGUUUGUCAAAAUGAUGCUUUCAAGACCACGUAGGACUCGUGAAUUUAAGGGUCCUACACCGGGCUCCGUUGCUAUAAGAGCCCGAAUGCCGAACUGUCGUCCACCAGAUCAUUUUAUUUUGGAACAACGCAAGAAAGAUGACGCUUUAAGAGAGCAAAAGAGACAGGAACAAGCUAUGAAAUUAUUCGACUUAAAAAGUGACUGGGUGCAAGCCACAGACAAAAAAAUUGAAAUUAAUGUGGUGAAGAAAAAAGUGGAAGGAUUAAUGCAAGCUCAUCAAUUUGCUGUUGAAGACCGACGUGAAAAGCUGAGGGAACUGCUGAGUAAUGAGGAGGAAAAAUAUCUGGCAGAGAUGGAGGCCAGCGAAGAAACAACAAUAGAACGACAAGCUAAAAUGAGGCAACGGGCAAAGUUCCUCAAAGACAAACGUGAACAGGAGAGGUUGCAGUUCGUACAGGAGAAAUUAGACCAACAGUUUAGGAACCAGUGUGAGGAGCUUCGCUCGACGAUCACCAAGCGCCAGCAGGACCAGGUGUGUGCGGAGCGGCUCGAGCAGCUGCGGCUGAAGGAGGAGCAGGAUGUGGAAAGGAAGGCGGAGGAGGCCAUGUACGCCCGACUGUGGGAGCAGGACAUGCUGGAGAAGGCCGCACGGGAGGAGCGAGAGGCACAGGACCAGCACAGAAGAAAUCUUGAGACCGUCGACGUACUGCGCAAACAGAUGGCCGCACUCGAGGCACAGAAAGAGGAGGCGAAGAAACUCAAAGAGGAAGAGGCUCAACUUCUAAGAGAGCAGGAUGCUCUGCGGAAGAUGGAGGAAGCUAAGGCACUGGAGGAGAAGAUUCGGCGCCAGAAGGAGACACGUGACAUGCUUGACCUGUCCAUGAAAAUGAAGAUGAAGAAGAAGGCCAAGGAGGAACAGGAGCAGUUGGCCUUCGACCUCAAAAUGUUGGAGCAGCUUCUGGAAGAAACCCGCAAUGAGGCGAGGGAGCAGCAACAGAGAAAGAAAGAGCUGCGGGAGGAGGACCGGCGUUACCGCGAGUACUUGCGCCGGUUGUACGAGGAGGAGAAGGCGGAGGAGGAGAAGCUACAGAGGCUGAUUCAGGAUGAAGUGGAGCGGAACUGGCAGAAACGACUCGACCAGUGGCGGCAGGAGAGACUCGCCAGGAAGAAACUCUUACAGGACGUCAUGGCCGGCCGUGCUCGGCAGAUUCAAGAAAGACUGGUUGAAAAUGAACGCCGCCAAAUCGAAGCUCAGCAAGAGAAGGAGGAAUUACAGCGGCUCAUUGCAGAAAACAAGCGGCUCGAGGAAGAGAAACUGGCCAAGGAGCACACAAAGAACUUGCAAUACCAGAGCGACCUGGAGAGUCAGAUCGAGUACAACAAUCGGCUCAAGAUGGAGUCACGCAGUGAGGAGGACAGGGAACUGGCUGCAUGCACCCAGGCGGAACGCGAGUACCAGGAGAAACUGAAGUAUGCGCUCGACCACCCGUAUGUGGGCAAGAUGCACCCGAUGAGACGGCAGCUCAUGUUGAACGAGCAGCAGCAGCAGUGAUGCUGGUUGUGGUGGACUUAAAGAGACUGACCCUAGUUUUCUCACACUGUUAAAGAUAUUUCCAACUAAUGGAGCCUUUUUCUUCUUUUUUUAACUCUUUGUUCAUUUGCUGCAAUUAGAAACCAGCCCUAGACCAUGCUACUUGUAAAAUUAUUACAAUAUUUUGGGACAGUUUGAGUGAUUUUUAAUUAUAGAGAUAACUUGUUUAAAUUUGGAUUGAAAUAAAAGGUUUCUACUGUACAGCCAAUCCUGCCAGCAGUGGCUCAUAAAGACAUAAUAUCAGGCAGUUUUUCUUACAAGCAGCAUGCAGAGAUUUGAGGACUAAAAUAGUAUACAUGUAAUAACAGGUUUUAUUUCUUGUUUAGAAUACUCAUAUAUUCUGUGUAUUACUUGUCCUAAUGUUAAUAAUAACAAAAACUGGAUUUUUUUUUUUUUUUACCUCACAAUAAAUUCUUACAUACAAAAAAAAAAAUAUAUUGGGAAAUUAAACAAAGUUUGAGCUAUUACAAACUUUUGGAUGCUCAGAGACACAUUGAAUACAGACAAUGAUAUUCCAAAACAAGAACAUGACUUUAAUAGGUAGUUUAUAGUCAGUAAAAAGGCUCCAUCGGAGGGAAGCAUCUUAACAUGGCUGCAAACUCAGGACACAGUCUCUGUAACAGCUGUGUGUUUAUUGUGGACAUGACAUUGUGGCCAGUCGUCGUGGGUCAGAACUGAUUUUUGUAACAAUUUAUGUUGAGUAUAUAUUACAGACUGUUUAUUAUUGAUGUCACCACUGUUUUUGUCCUGUAUAACUGUGAUAAAUUUCUUGUUCAACCGGACAGGAACAGCAGAAAUGGAAAGUCUGCAGACAAAGACUACAUUAGUUUUGUCAAAUUCACAUUGACUUGAUGAUGUUUGUUUUUCCCCAGGCUCUUUAGUGGUAAAUGGGAUGGGAGUUGUUGAAAUUAUGUUAACAAUCACAAAUUUUAAGACAUUAAUAUUUUGUCAGUACAUGUAUCUUACAUACAUGUAUAUAUACUUUCAUUUUUCAUAAAGUUAAAAAUUUAACUUCUCAAAAUACUGAGGAGGGUUAAAUCAUUCCUCGAGCUAAUCAUUUGCGGGGAAAUGCAGUGUGUUUGAACAAGGGGAACAGCGUUUCACACCUCUCAAAAUGAAAUGACAUUCUCACUCCUCCAAAACAAAAGUCUUUCUUUCAGAAGAAUUUUGAGACAUGUAAUGUGCUGACCUAUAAUUCCCUUCACUAAGAAAUGGUUUGUUUUUCUUCAUGACAUGACCUACAGUUCAUACGUAGAAAAUGGUAAACAGUUUUUUAAAAUGGAAAAAACUAAUUUUGGAAAUGAUAUUUUGAAGAUUAAAUACUUUGUAAACGACAAAAAAAAUAAAAAAUGAUUAGCCUUUGCACUUUUCACGUAUCAUUUCUCCUCGGGGUUAACCACUGUGUUAUAAAUAAAAUACUGUUGACUUAAGAGAGGUAGCUGGUUGUUUGAUACUGGGCUGUUCUUGACAUAUUUUUAGUUUAUUCAAUUUAAUGAUGUUUUUGUGUUUCAAUUCCUGUAUUCCCUGUUGUUUAGUAGUUAAGGAUUUGUUAUUGAUAUCUGUAAAAUGUGUUCAUCAGUUAUAUUACAGUGAUGCAUCGUCAUCAGUUUGUCAUGACAAACAAGGAUUUCCAGGUAUCUAACAGUCUUUCAUGGGUCAUUGUUAAAUCACUAUUUUUGCUUCCACUUAAAAAAACUUCAUUAAUAAUGGAAAUGUUAUCACACUCACACUUGUGUGUUAUUUAUGAAACUCAUUUAACAGUUAUGUUGUUUCAGAAUGAGGUUCACAAGCUUCAUACAGUAUUCACAUCUGCCAAAAUAAUAAUAGCAUUGUAUCUUAACUAUUCUGAAUAUGUCAAUCAUUAUCUCUUUUACUCAUUAUUGCUGUAAAACAUUUUUUAAAUUAAAUUUUAUGGUGAAAGUAUUAUUUUAGACAUUGGCUGAAUUUAUGUAGUUACACACUUGUAAAAUCACAGCAGGCAUUGUAAAUUUUUCUCUAUGUAUUGUGUCAAAAUUUUAACCAAAAUUAGGAGUUGUUUUCUGGGGUUUUAAUUUACUUUAUGAUAGACAGGAAGUUUUAUGCAGGGAUUCAUUUGUUUUUAGUUUACAGUUGAAAGAUUAAAAUGAUUUCAAGCAUUUGAAAUUGUGUUACUUUGUACAAUGUAUUACAUGUAUUUAUUAAAUUAACUGUUCCAAUCAGGUGAACUUUAUAUACAAGGAGGAUCUUUUAUUAUUGGUUUCUACCUUCUGCAGGUUUUUUUUAACAAUUCAAAUUUUACACUUGUCUAAAGCAUUCCAUCCAGUAAAAUGUAUGUUUUUUAGUUUUUUUAAUAAAUAUCUAUAUUCAAAGUUUAGAUGUGUGUUUAUUAUUGUGAUGUCAGUGAAUUAUUUCACUAAAAAAAUCCAACACAUUGUACCAUAUUCUAUUAUUAAAAUAUUGAAUACUGA